AGUGGGCAAAUGAAUAAUAUGUUUCCUGGUCUUCCACAGAUGCAGUUACCUGGUUUACCUCAGUUAAUGCCAUUCAAACUGCCGACGUUACCUCCCAUGAUGCCUCUCGGCAGUGGAGGUGACCCUUUCGGUCAGUUUAUCCGCAAUCUGGUUGCUAUGUUUCCAGGCCUGCAACCCCCCAAACCGUACGACUCAAAAAUAAGCCCGUUAACCCCGUCUGCACCUCCCCUACUGCUAACCCGACCCCCGCCUGGUGCUGCACCUGUCGAAGAAACUCCUAUUCCCAUCUCACCGUCCAUCCCUGCGCCCAUUCAGUUUCCUGACUUCCAGCCUGAAACUGGACCGCCGUCUCCUCCUAUAUCAAUGAUGCUGAGACCAGAGACGAGGCCUGCAGCUGAGCGAGGUUCUGGCUUGACCAACAAUUUUGCAACACUUCUACCUGAUCGAGGCAUUCAGGACUAUGGAACAGCUGAGAACAUCGACAGCUAUCCGGAUUUCACGGAAUUUUUAUCGAAGAACAAUGGUCGAAUGACUACUGAAGGUAAAGCCCCAGAACGUAGUGGCUCAGCAUCGACUGAGUCCAGACGACCAGAUGUUAACGAUGGCGAUACAGGUAAAGCAAAAGACACUUUUAGAGAAUUUAUUUCUCAAUUGGAUUGUAACAUUACAAUGAAUUGGAUUCUGGUGGCAAGUGUUUUUUAUGGUCAAGCAAUUCAAGUCCUGUGUCAGGUCAAUCUGGGUUCAUUCUCGUUGGGUCAAAAUCCCACUGGAGAUCUCGAGAUUGGUGUCGGUCAAAUGGCGAACAUUUUCGGAUUUGGUGGCGAUCGUGGCUUGAAGGUGACCACUGGAAAAGGGAAAUUUGGACUGACAUCGAAUCAAGGUGCGUUGAUCGGAGGUGAAAGGGUUGGCGUUGAUUCGGGACUAUCGUUUCAGGAAGGAAAAGGACUCGAUUUGGGCAGUUUACUGAAUUUUGGAAAUCCUCAACCAGCGUCUGCUCCCCAGCAUCCACAAGGCCAGUUCGGCUCGUUUCUGGAUAAUAUCGGUAAAUUUGUGCAGUCAAUCGCGAAACCAUCGAGCACUUCUGCGCCUUCCAGUCCCUCUGGCUUGCCGGCUAAUCACCCAUUAUCACCAUCAUCAACAGAUCACUUCCUUCCGAAAAGUGUCGGACGGACUGGAAGCAAAGAAUCGUGGAAUUCGAUUGAACAGUUGCCGAUACGAUCAGAUCAACGCACAAUGGAUGAAAAGAUCAAACUGGUACUCCUUCGAAUGGUUUUUUGUGAAGGAAGAGGGAAGAGGAAUUAG